AUGAAUAAUAAUGAUUAUUAUAUGGAAGGCGUUGAUGGACGUUAUAUGGAUGCCUAUGAAUAUGAAGAAAAUAAAAAAAAUGAAGAAAACAUUGAAAAUGAUACAAUAACGUAUCAAAAAGAACUUAUUGCUAUUGUGAAAACUAACCCUGUAUUGUGGGACAAAAAACAAAAGGAAUAUAAAAAUGUAAAUAAAGAACUUGCCUGGACCUCUAAAUCAGCCGCUGAAGCUCAUCGAAUGCUCAUAGAAGCUUAUGGUGAAAGUGCUCCCUCCGAUAAAUCAUGCAGAGAAUGGUUUCGACAUUUCAAAAAUGAUGAUUUCAUUGUCGAUGACAAACCUCGUCCAGGUCAGCCGAAGAAGAAGUUCAAGGACGAGGAAUUGCAGGCGCUAAUCGAUGAAGAUUCAUGUCAAUCGUAUCAUGAGCUCGCACAAUUGUUGAACGUUGAUCGAUCAACAAUUUCUGUGCGUUUGGCAGUCAUGGGAAAGAUUUACAAAGAAGGAAGAUGGGUGCCAUACGAACUGAAAGAAAGAGACAUCGAGAGACGAAAAGCCAUGUCCGAAAUCUUACUUGUCAGAUCGAUAGCACACGGGCUUUCGGACCAACACUUCAACAAUUAUGAAGAAAAAGAAAAAUGGCUCAAUGAAUGGAUCGCUUCGAAAGACGAGUCGUUUUUCCAUCACGGAAUACAACAACUGCCAUACAGAUGGGAUAAAAUAAUAGCAAACGAUGAUUCGGUUGUUUCCGUCACGCCUACCAUCGCCGCGCAGCUCGAGGAGCGACGAGCAAAAUUAAACAGUAACAUGUCCGAAUAUGAAUCGGUACAGACAGAAAUCGAGUUGCUAGACGAGAGCGAGGAAAAUCAUCGCAUCAAUUUCGAGGAAGCCUUUUUCACUUUAGCGGCGAGAAUGCGAGAACUCGUAACGCCGCGAUCAAUUCCGUCGCGUGCAACAACAAGAUCUCCCUCGAGUGAACUUGAUCUGCCGAGAUGGUCAGCGCAUAUCAGACUUCCGAAAUUAGAUCUUCCGACUUUUUCGGGCAAAUACGAUGAAUGGUCUCCAUUUUUUGACGCGUUUCAAUCAAUUAUACAUUCCAAUGAGUCGAUAACUGCCGUACAAAAACUUCAAUAUUUGAAAGGCUGUUUGAAGGAAGACGCGAGUAAAGUCAUUAGUUCCUUGGAGAUUUCCGCUUUGAAUUAUGAAGUGGCCUGGAAUUUAUUAAAAGAACGCUACGACAACAAGCGCGUUAUCGUGCAAACACACGUUCGAGCGAUCAUGCAAUUGCCGUGCAUGAGCAAAGAAAAUUCCGUCGAACUGCGUCAAAUCGCGGACGGUGCAAUGAGACACGUUCACGCUCUCAAUGCGUUAGGGCGUCCAACGUCUCAGUGGGAUGACCUUCUCAUACUCAUUUUGACCGAUAAAUUAGAUGCACGUACAUCUCGAGAAUGGCAAUCAUCUCUAGACACGCCCGAUCUGCCUACGCUACAACAAUUUAUAAAAUUCCUUACGCGUCAAUGUCAAAUGCUAGAAGCUACCAGUAAGGUCACGCCAAAUACAAAAAAUAACCCGCGUUCUCAAACGAGUCGUCAAAUCGCCUGCGCCGCCGCGACUACAUCAAAGUGCGGUCAUUGUAACGGUGAACACUCGAUAUAUUACUGCAAGGAUUUCUUGGCGCUUACAAUUCCGCAACGCGUUUCGGAAAUUCGUAAAAAGAAAAUUUGUGUCAAUUGUUUGCGUUCUACAAGUCAUGCUUCGAACAAAUGCUCUUCCGGCGGUUGCAAGAUAUGCAAAUCAAAACACAAUUCCUUGCUGCAUCUCACAGCAGCUUCCUCAACCGAACACACAAACAGUGAUAAAGAAAAUCGCGAACCACCUGACGCGGCAAAAUCACCUAAUAUCAUAGCAACGCAUGGCUUAAACGCACGCAGCAAUCAAGGGGUAAUUCUUUCUACUGCACUCAUACAUGCAUACGACAGAACAGGCUCACUCGUACCCUGUCGCGUACUCCUAGACUGCGGAUCGCAAGCAAGUUUCAUUUCGCGGAGCUAUUUAAAUAAACUCGGCAUUCAGCCACGGUCGUUAAAUAUUUCGAUCACCGGCAUCAAUGACGCAUCUACUAAAGCAUCACAAAUAGCGCAGGUACAAAUCAAAUCGCGAGUAGAUUCAUUUACCGCUACAUUAGAUUGUAUAGUUACCGAUAGAAUAACAGACAAAAUGCCUGCGUACACACUCAAGCAAAAGGAUUUCGAAAUUCCGAGAAACAUCAAAUUAGCUGACCCUAAAUUCAACGUAUCAGCUGACGUGGAUAUCCUUAUAGGCGCGGAAAUCUUCUGGUCAAUAUUAUGUAUCGGUCAAAUAAAGGCUUCAGCCAACCAUCCGAUCUUGCAAAAAACAAGAUUUGGAUGGAUUCUGGCGGGACGAUUAACUCCUUCUUCACACAAAUCGCAAUGCAUUCGAGCCUUUCACGCGACAAUAAGCAAUUCGCAGUUGCAUGCGCAAUUAACUCGUUUUUGGCAGCUAGAAACUGUUAGCAAUCCAAGACAUUACACCGACGAAGAAUCUCGUUGCGAAGAGAGUUUCUUAAACAAUUUUACACGCAAUGAUCAGGGUAGAUACAUUGUCAAACUUCCUUUCAAGGAUCAAGCGAACGGCAAACUCGGAAAUUCAAAAGAUUCUGCAUUGAAACGGUUCUAUAAUCUCGAGAAAAGAUUUAAGCGUUAUCCGGAUCUUAAAGCUCAAUACGCACACUUUUUACGUGAAUAUCUCGCACUUGGACAUAUGAAACAAAUACACGAAUCGGUAGAUGGCUUAAGCGAAUCUUUCUAUCUUCCUCACCAUUGCGUAUUCAAGAGCGCAUCACCAGCUUCCGGUAUCCGCGUAGUUUUUGACGCGUCCAGUAAAAGCAGUACCGGCGUUUCUUUAAAUGACAUUCUCAUGACGGGCCCGGUAGUCCAGCAAGACUUGAUUUCGAUUUUACUGCGUUUCCGAACCUUUCGUUAUGUUUUUGUAGCCGAUAUUAUUAAAAUGUAUCGCCAAAUUCUUAUAGAUCCUUCCCAUGCGUGCUACCAACGAAUUUUGUGGCGGGAGGACCAGGCUUCAAAAGUACAAACAUUCGAGCUUGCCACCGUUACAUAUGGGACCACCCCCGCGUCAUAUCUAGCAACAAGAUGUCUUAAGCAUCUUGCUGAAUCGAAUCGCGAUAAAUACCCAAUGGGCUCCGUAUGCGUAGAGCGCGACCUUUAUGUUGACGAUUUGCUCUCGGGAGCCGAUACUCUAAGCGAGGCAGUCAAGGCGCGAGACGAGACCAUUAACUUGUUGCGAUUAGGAUGCUUCGAACUUAGUAAAUGGGCAUCAAAUUCUCCAGAAUUGCUAAAAAAUAUACAUGAUCAAACUGAUAACACGGUUAUAAUCAAUCACGAAGCGAUUUCGCGUUUAUUUGACCCCCUGGGUUUACUAGGUCCGGCCGUAGUCUUGUCAAAACUUCUGUUGCAAGAUCUGUGGCAAUUGGGCAUGCACUGGGACGAAUCGGUCCCCCCAGAUAUCAACACGCGCUGGAACAAGCUCAAGUCUCAGUUCGAAGAUUUCAAUCGGUUAAAAAUUCCGCGUUGUAUAAAAUUUAAUUCAGAGUCGCAAGCAACUCAGAUACACGGUUUUUGCGACGCGAGUCAACGGGCAUACGGAGCAUGCGUCUACGUGCGUACACAGAUAGGUCCGGAAGAAUUUGGGUGCAAGUUGCUCGCCUCAAAGUCUCGCGUUGCUCCGCUUAAGGCACUCUCGUUGCCCCGAUUGGAGUUAUCGGCUGCUCUUCUAUUAGCGCAACUAACUGAUAAAAUCAAUGAUUCAUUUCCAAUAACUAACAUGAAAAUCUUUCUCUGGUCCGAUUCUACAAUAGCCCUAAACUGGAUAUCUUCGCCAUCCCGGAAAUGGGCAAUUUUUGUUGCUAAUAGAGUCGGCGAAAUCCAGCGUCUUACAAACCUUAAUUCGUGGCGUCAUGUUUCAUCGGCUGACAAUCCAGCAGACAUUUUGUCUCGAGGUCUACAUCCGCGCGAACUUGAAAAUUCUGCGAUGUGGUGGAAUGGCCCAGCCUUUUUGAUGACACGCGAGAGCCUUUGGCCAAACGGUGAAUUUACUAUUUUGAGUAACGACAUUCCCGAAUCAAUUCGAACAACGGUAGCCGUCGCUACCAUUGAAAACUCCGUUGUAGAGGGUUUAUUAAGGAAGCAUUCUAACCUAAAUAAAAUUUGUCGUAUCCUGGCAUAUUGCCUAAGAUUUUCCAAGGCUAGAAGAUCCGAUUCAUUCACGUCUUUCGUAACUUGCGAAGAAAUUUCCUUUGCCUUAAAUGUGAUGUGCAAAACGGCACAGAAAACGGACUUCCCCGAGGAAUACCGAGCCUUAAGCAAGGGUGAGGCUAUCAGAACAACUAGCAAUCUGCUAUCGUUGUCCCCUUUUAUCGAUACCAACGGUCUAAUUCGCGUGGGCGGUAGGCUAAAAAACGCCGAGCUACCUUUCGACACAUGUCACCCAAUUUUGCUAUCGCGAAAUCACAUUUUAACGAGACUCAUUAUACUACGAGAGCACGAGCGCAAUGCUCAUGCUGGCCUACAAGCAACCAUGGCUGCCGUAAGGCAACGCUUUUGGCCCCUAUCCCUGCGAUCGGUCACUCGCAAAAUCUUGCAAAAUUGCGUCACGUGUUUUAAAAACAAACCGACUAUCUCAGAAGCGAUAAUGGGCGCAUUGCCGGCCGGGCGAAUAACGGUUUCCAGGCCAUUUCAUCAUUGCGGAAUUGACUAUGCCGGACCGUUAUUAAUACGUGAAGAGGCCUUCAUCGCGGCACUCAAACGUUUCGUUUCACGCAGAGGCAAACCCGCUGUCAUAUAUUCUGACAAUGGGACGAAUUUCGUAGGCGCUCAAAAACAGUUACACGAAUUCUAUGAGUCACUCGGUCGCGAUAGCGCACAAACUGACAUCAAUAAUUUUUUACGCGAUCAAAAGACCACCUGGAACUUCAUUCCACCUAAUGCUCCGCACUUUGGCGGACUAUGGGAGGCGGCUGUAAAGUCAGCCAAACAUCACCUUUAUCGAAUCAUUGGGAGGGCACAUUUAACCUUCGAGGAGGUACAAACCGUUUUAUGCGAGAUCGAAGCAAUUCUAAACUCGAGGCCCCUCACGCAAUUAAGUUCGGAUCCGAAUGAUCUAACCUACCUUACCCCCGGGCACUUUUUGGUUGGCACUCUCUUGAACGGUUUCCCUUCUAGCGACUUAUGUGAUGUCAACGAAAAUCGCUUACUGCGAUGGCAACGCGUCGAGCAACUCCGGCAGCAUUUUUGGCGCAGAUGGAGCUCUGAAUAUCUGCAUUCCCUACAGGAGCGUCAUAAAUGGAAGGCCAACAAGGGCCCACAAUUAAAGGAAGAUCAACUAGUGCUUUUAAAGCAGCAAGGUCUGGCACCUUUGUACUGGAUGCUCGGACGUGUGGUGCAAAUACACAAGGACUCUAGCGGCAAUGCAAGGUCCGCCGUCAUUAAAACUUCAAAGGGUUCAUUAGUUAGACCACUGUCUAAAAUAGCAAUACUACCAAUAGACUCUUAA